AUGUCCAACAGGGAGGUGUCCAACAGCAAGGUGUCCAACAGCGAGGUGUCCAACAGCAAGGUGUCCAACAGCAAGGUGUUCAACAGCAAGGUGUUCAACAGGGAGGUGUCCAACAGCAAGGUGUCCAACAGCGAGGUGUCCAACAGCGAGGUGUCCAACAGCGAGGUGUCCAAUAGGGAGGUGUCCAACAGCGAGGUGUCCAACAGCGAGGUGUCCAACAGCGAGGUGUCCAACAGGGAGGUGUCCAACAGGGAGGUGUCCAACAGCAAACUGUCCAACAGCGAGGUGUCCAACAGGGAGGUGUCCAACAGCAAGGUGUCCAACAGCAAGGUGUUCAACAGCAAGGUGUCCAACAGCAAGGUGUCCAACAGCAAGGUGUCCAACAGCAAGGUGUCCAACAGCAAUGUGUCCAACAGCAAGGUGUCCAACAGGGAGGUGUCCAACAGCAAGGUGUCCAACAGGGAGGUGUCCAACAGCAAAGUGUCCAACAGCAAGGUGUCCAACAGCGAGGUGUCCAACAGCGAGGUGUUCAACAGCAAGGUGUCCAACAGCAAGGUGUCCAACAGCAAGGUGUCCAACAGCAAGGUGUCCAACAGCAAGGUGUCCAACAGGGAGGUGUCCAACAGCAAGGUGUCCAACAGCAAGGUGUCCAACAGGGAGGUGUCCAACAGCAAAGUGUCAAACAGCAAGGUGUCCAACAGGGAGGUGUCCAACAGGGAGGUGUCCAACAGCGAGGUGUCCAACAGCAAGGUGUUCAACAGCAAGGUGUCCAACAGCAAGGUGUCCAACAGCAAGGUGUCCAACAGCAAGGUGUCCAACAGCAAGGUGUCCAACAGGGAGGUGUCCAACAGCAAGGUGUCCAACAGCAAGGUGUCCAACAGCAAGGUGUCCAACAGCGAGGUGUCCAACAGCGAGGUGUUCAACAGCAAGGUGUCCAACAGCAAGGUGUCCAACAGCAAGGUGUCCAACAGCAAGGUGUCCAACAGGGAGGUGUCCAACAGCAAGGUGUCCAACAGCAAGGUGUCCAACAGGGAGGUGUCCAACAGCAAAGUGUCAAACAGCAAGGUGUCCAACAGGGAGGUGUCCAACAGGGAGGUGUCCAACAGCGAGGUGUCCAACAGCGAGGUGUCCAACAGCAAGGUGUUCAACAGGGAGGUGUCCAACAGCGAGGUGUCCAACAGCGAGUUGUCCAACAGGGAGGUGUCCAACAGGGAGGUGUCCAACAGGGAGGUGUCCAACAGCGAGGUGUCCAACAGGAAGGUGUCCAACAGCGAGGUGUCCAACAGCAAAGUGUUCAACAGGGAGGUGUCCAACAGGAAGGUGUCCAACAGCGAGGUGUCCAACAGGAAGGUGUCCAACAGGGAGGUGUCCAACAGCGAGGUGUCCAACAGCGAGGUGUCCAACAGCGAGGUGUCCAACAGCGGUCUGUCCGCAUAA